GUUCACUCCGCCCCUGUCUACCGUACCAGCCGUCAUGGCAUCCACGGGGACCAUCACAUAUCAGGAUGCCUUAGAUUCACAAUAUCUCUCGAGCUCCAUGUCGAGUCUGUCCCGGUCGCGCUCCACCAACUCGCUGAUUGUCCGAACGUACAAGCAGGCGACCCAGCUGUACCUCACGAAGCGCUUCAAGGAAGCUCUCGAGACGCUGGAGCCCAUCAUCACUGCACCACAGUCGAGCGAUGUUCCUGCCCAUGACGAUGCGACCACAGAAGGCGGAGAAUAUACUGGCGGAGCUGCGCCCGUUGCACAAAGCUCCAAGGGUACCCGGACGAAGGUCUGGGUCUUCUAUCUGAGCUUACUUCACGCCAUCAUCGACCUGGGCGCCGAACAGGGAAAAAAUUUGUUUGGAUCUGCCAAGUGGAGGCAACUGGCUGCCAAAGCAAGGGAGGGCUCGGUGUGGGAUGAGAUCGUCCGACUGGGCUACGGCGGGAAUGAAGGAGACGUAGAUCCAGAUGUAGUCGUGAACUUGGCCACGCUACUUCUUGGGCAUAUGCAGCAUCAGAGACUGAACCAGCAACGACUCGAGGCAUAUCUCUCCGCCUCAGCCGACGCGGCGCAAUUAGCAUAUCUGAACGAAGGAAUCGCGACGCCCAUGUCGAAUGGCACAUCUUCGCCCAAGGAAUUGACCACGCGGUUGAAGAUUCUCGAGUUGUAUACAUUGCACGCGCUCCCUGCAAAUGAUGAGUGGGACUACGCGCAGCAAUUCAUAGAGAUGAACGAUAUGCUGGACGAGGAGCGCCGAGAAGCAUUCCUCCACGCGCUGGCGUCGUUCAAGGAAGAGAAAGACGGCACGGCACAACGAGAGCGAGAGCUGGAAGAGCUGCGGGAGCGCGAGCUGGAGGAGCAACGCGCAGCUGAAGAAGCCCAGCGCAAAGAACAAGAACGCCAGGACGAGGAGCGCAAGAAAGCUGCAGAGCUCGAAAGGGCGCGUGGCGCAAACGCGCCAUCAGCAUCGUCCUCGGCGAGACCGACGAAUGGGCACAAGGCUGGACAUGCUACAGCAAGCAGCCAGCGACCUUCAGCGCAGUCCACAUCGAAGCCACCAAGCAAGCCUCAAAAGAAGGCUCGCGCUCCGCCUCCCAGUUUGUAUGCUCGUGCAACUUCCGUCUUCUCCAAUCUUCAGCAGAUGUUACUCGACGCUAGUCGUGGUAUGACCGGCAACAACAUGGCCCUCUUCCGUUUACUAAUGUUCUUGACCGCUGUCCUCCUGAUUAUCGCCCGAAGAGAUCUGCGAAUGAAGCUAAAACGGGGCCUCGAAGACAGUUGGACAAAGGUGAAGCAGACCGUAGGCAUGGGCACCAAAGUGUCCUACAUCUAGUCAGUAUCACCAUAUGUGAACGCCUUAACUCCGUG